AUCGUAUCUGAAGAAGACUCAUUUGUCACUCUACAUUAUGAAGAAAUCUAUAGAUAAAUAAGAGACAUGAAACUUUGUGAAAGACUAUGCAGGUAUCUAUAUAUAAAAAUCAGGUCUUAAACCAAUAGAAGAGAAAUAAAUGGACUUGUUGCAAUUUUUAAACCUCUACAAGUAGUUAAAACACUCAUUACAAGUCCAUUUACUUGUUAUACAAAAUCAAAAAGAAAUUAUUGUAAUUAUUUAUCAGAAUGAUUAAGAACAUAACUAAAUUACACAAAGAAGUAUUUGUAGACACUUAAUUGCAACAUCUCAAUGUAGUAUUAAAGUCUUUGAAUCUUUGUCCAGUUGUCUUUGACAUUAAUAUAAAUGAAUUAAUAAGUCAUGCC